AUGCCACCAAAUCCCCUCUCUUCGUCUAGUCCUCCCUCCAAUGCGACCAAUCCCGCCAUCUCGGCCGCUCUGCAAGGUGCUACCCUUGCCUUUCAGAACCGCCAGAGGCCUACAUCGUGGGCACCGAUCUCGACUUCUCCAAUCACUGUUGUUGCUCCCAAUGCUUCCGUCACCCCUGUUCCCGUGAAGCCAAUCGCAGGGCAAAAGCUGGCACAGAAGCCUAAGCCCGCAGGAGUGGCGGGAACGACUCCUGGAGCAGCCGUUGAGAGAACUGGAAGUGGGAAGAAGAAUGCCCUGGAUGGCUCUGCUCUGUUAGCCGCAACCCAGGCAGUGCAUACGUCCUCUGCGUCACAAUCUGUAGCUCUGCCCACCAGGCCGAACUCCUGUGCAGGAUGGAGCGCCCUGGCCACAGGUGAUGUCGGGCCACAUGUGCCCGAGAGGAGUAGCGAUGUCGUGAAAGCUCAGGACGGAUCUGAUUCCGUCAGGAGUCCUGGUGCGUCUGUCUCCAGAAUCAGCGGUCCUGAUGGCGUUAAGCAGUCAGCAUUGCUCGCUGCGACCUUGGCUGUAAGCAGGUCGCCGUCACCUGUCCGUGCCACCAGUCCUCAGCCCAGUGUGCCCAGCAGCAUAACGGCGGCGUUUUCAACGAGGGGGCAGGACGGUGACAGCGUCGCAUCAACUAUGGGAGCAAUGGAUGCUGCUGUGGGUGAUUGCAUUGCAGACAGAACUGCGCUCGAUACGACUUCCAUCUUGCCUACGACUACGCUGGUGUCAUUGUUUGAGGUCAAGCAAAACAGCACGCUACCUGCAAAUAUAAGCCAAUCUCCCUCAACAGAUACACGUAACUCGACCAAGCUGAAGCUUGUGAAUACGCCACGGAUCCCACCUCCUGUUCCGCGAACAUCAAGGACAUCCACAAUGCUGCCGGAAGAAGUUGGUUGCCAAGCCAAGGUAACCUCUGAGGACAACUUCCCACAUGCUUUCAAUCUCGCUGUUGGGGACAGCGAAGACGGUCCCAACGAAAACAUCCUAGAUCUGGACGCCUCACUGUCUCCCCCAAUGGCGGCUGCAAGGCUCAACGACUCCCAGCGUCCGGCUGCCGGAGUUGUCCAGAACCCCCCAUAUCUGGUGUCUUCCCCAACCCAAGCAGUCCCCGAGCAAGCUCAAGAACCCUCGGCAGAAAGAGUCCCGCGUCCAGCGCGGUUGGAAACCCGCGAGCUCAUAUCCAAGGCGAGACCCACCCAGCUGUUCCCGGCGUCCACUGGCGGUCCCUUCAGGCAGACACUUCAUACCAUUGACCAUCAUCACCUUCCACUCCGCCCUCAACGUACCGCCGACAGUCUGCGGGCCGAGACGACAGGUGGCAGCCGGUCUCCCAACCGCCAGCAGCUGCAACGCACUGGCCUGCUUCCGACACUUCGCAGGCCAGAGUGCUCGGACUCCUCCGAUGAGGAUUCGCGCCUGCGCCGUGCCCGGGACCGGCUAACACGCAGCAAUCGCCGCCACGCACAUCACGAGGGAUCGCGGCGACGCUGGCAAGACGAGAUCACUCCUGAGCAGCGCCGUCGCUACGAGGCGGUCUGGGCAAGCAACCGCGGAUACUUCCUGCGGAAGGGGUGGGCGUUCCAACACAUAGACAACAUACCCCCCGAUCUUGUCGCGCGUGUUCUUGCUCAGGAAGAGGACGACGAGGACACUGCGCAGAAUGGCGCGCCACAUACAAGACUCUGGGGCGCUAAUCGGGUUACGGCCCGAGAGGAGGCGAUCACACAAGCUCAGAUUGAGGCUAGUCGGGCGCCCGAAGGCACCUUGGAAUCGCAGAUGGUUGCCAAUGUCGUCGUCCGUGAGCUGUGGAACCGAUCGCAGCUGCCUAGGGAAGAGCUUGCUGAAGUGUGGGACCUCGUGGAUCGCAGCCGGAGCGGCGCUUUGGCGAGGGAUGAGUUUGUUGUGGGCAUGUGGCUGAUUGACCAGCGGUUGAGGGGCAGAAAAAUCCCGGCGAGGGUGAGCGACAGUGUGUGGGACAGCGCGAGGAGACUCUGA